AUGGCGCGCUGGUACUGCAAAUCGACGAGGGCGACAACCGAUUCAGCGGUGCGCGAGGUGGCGUACGACUUGGACGCCGCCGGCCAGGCGGGCGGCUCUGUCGUAGCCGUGGGCUCGCCGGAGAUGCAGCCGUUGGGCCAGGGCCCGGCGUCGCGGGGCCAGCUUUGCGAUUUGCCUGGCGUCUCGUCCUCGGGCGCGUCCUGCACUACGUUAAGUUCCGGUGGCGGAGGCGUGGCGGAGGCAGGCUCCGGCGACGGCGCGCGCACCGUCGAGUUGCACAGUCCUGUCCAGUCCUACAGCCUGGGCGACGCCGAUCCGGGCGGCUUUUCGGGCGUAGGUGUGGGCUCGCCGGAGAUGCAGCCGUUGGAUCGGGGGCCGACGCUGCGGGGCAGGGGUUGCCUAGUGCCUGAUGUCGAGUCCUCCGGCGCUUCAUGUACGACCUUCAGUUCAGGUGCCCGAGGUGUGGCGUCGGCAGGCUCCAACGACGGAGCGCGCACCGUCGACUCGUGCAGCGCGGUUCAGUCUUACCGCCCCGGUGUCCCGACUGCGACAAACACCACCAUCCGCGUUGGGUGGAAACGCAGGCCAAGAGGGCCACGCAGCCAAGAUGAGAAGGCAGGAGUAGUUGAUCGUGUGCCGGCGCUCGAAGCUGCUAUCCGAGGAUUUGCUGAUAGGGGGACCGAGGUGGUUGUCAACCCAGCGCUUGGUACAGUCAUCGAUUCGCUUGCAGAGGCGGACGAAUUCUACAAUCUGUAUUCAUGGGAGGUUGGCUUCGGGAUUCGUUACGGCAAGAGCAGGCAGAAUGUCAAUGGGACCAAGUGCAUGCAGGAGAUGGUGUGUGGGUGUGCUGUAAGUUUCUGUAUUUUGUUUUUCCCCGGACUGAAUGAUUAACAGAAACUGUAAAACGAGCUGAUCGAAACUGUAGCACUCUGAAUAAAGACCGGGAAAAACAAUAGAGAUCUGAAUCAACCUUGGCCAAAAA